GCGCGGGGGCCAGAGCGGCCGGUGGCCGGGCUCGCCGUGGUCCCAGCUCGCGUGGCGGCGGCGGCGCGUCUCCGUGAGGACGUGCGCGGGGCCAUGACGUCAGCGUCCACCAAGGUCGGAGAGAUCUUCUCCGCGGCCGGCGCCGCCUUCACGAAGCUGGGAGAGCUGACGAUGCAGCUGCAUCCCGUGGCCGACUCUUCCCCCGCGGGUGCCAAGUGGACCGAGACGGAGAUAGAGAUGCUGAGGGCUGCUGUGAAGCGAUUUGGGGACGAUCUUAAUCACAUCAGCUGUGUCAUCAAGGAACGGACAGUGGCUCAGAUAAAGGCCACUGUGAAACGAAAGGUAUAUGAAGACUCUGGCACCCCCCUUCCAGCUGAAUCUCCGAAGAAAGGACCCAAGAAGGUGGCAUCUGGUGUCCUGUCGCCUCCUCCAGUCACCCCUCCAUCCAGCAGUUCCAGUAUCCCUGAGGCUGGGGCUCCUCCCCUAAAGAAACAGAAGGCUGAUGUAACCCUCAGUGCUCUGAAUGACUCCGAUGCCAACAGUGACGUGGUGGAUAUUGAAGGGCUGGGAGAAACUCCUCCAGCCAAGAAACUCAACUUUGACCAGGACAGCCUGACCCUGGACUCUGGCCUUCUGUCAACCUCUGCUGAAGCUCCGCUACUCUCCUGCUAAGCCUUCUACGUCUGACCCUCUCGUUGUUCACCCCGAACCUGUGGAUCACCUGGCAAGGCCUGCGCGACAGGGUCAGAACGCUGUUGGAGCUGUCCACCUAGCUGUUCCUAAUGACCAUGUGCCCUCACCCCUGACUUCUACCUGAUGGACAUUUUUAUACAGAAAACAAUAAAAAUUUACCUCAG